GCUCAGUACGCAGUGACUGCACCCUGGGCCUCCGCGCCUGCUUGUGUAGUGCCGGCUGAUCGGCCAGCGUCCGGCAUGAAUCACUGGCACCUUAUGUCUCUCCCGCUCCGGUGCCAUGGAAAGCCUGCGGAGCCUGACCCGACCUCUGCCCCGCGCGGUGGGGCUCUCUCGGCGCACACUGUGUACUCUGGCCUUGCGCCAGAGCCCUCCAGCUCAGGCUGUCGUCCCCUGCGGCCGCGUGAUCCAACUACUCGGGCAGCGCCGGGCCGCGUCGCUCUGCGGACCCCACGGUCUCCGCGUGACGGGUACGCUGCUCCCCGCCCUGCAGCUGGGCCGCGGGUCUCGAGGUGGAACAUAUCGGUUUGGAACAUCUGAUGUUUCUCAAGCCACUUUAGCCAGCGUAGCCCCAGUGUUUACUGUGACAAAAUUUGACGAAGGGGGAAAUGUUACAUCUUUUGAAAAGAAGAAAACUGACUUAUAUCAGGAAUUAGGUCUUCAAGCCAGAGAUUUGAGAUUUCAACAUUUGAUGAGCAUCACAACCAGAAACAAUAGAAUUAUCAUGAGAAUAGAGUAUUUGAAAGCUGUAAUAACUCCCGAGUGUCUUCUGGUAUUAGACUAUCGUAAUUUAAAUUUAGAACAAUGGCUGUUCCGGGAACUCCCUUCACAGUUGGCUGGAGAGGGUCAACUUGUUACAUACCCUUUACCUUUUGAGUUUAGAGCCAUAGAAGCACUCCUGCAAUAUCGGAUCAACACCCUUCAGGGGAAACUUAGUACUUUGCAGCCACUGAUCCUUGAGACAUUGGAAGCUUUAGUGGAUCCCAAACAUUCUUCUGUAGAUAGAAGCAAACUGCAUAUCUUACUGCAAAAUGGCAAGAGUCUAUCAAAGUUAGAGACAGACAUUAAAAUUUUUAAGGAGUCAGUCUUGGAGAUCUUAGAUGAAGAAGAGUUGCUGGAAGAGCUCUGUCUAACAAAAUGGAGUGACCCACAAGUCUUUGAGAAGAGCAGCGCUGGAAUUGACCAUGCAGAAGAGAUGGAGUUGCUGUUAGAAAACUACUACAGAUUAGCUGAGGAUCUUUCCAACGCAGCUCGUGAACUUAGGAUAUUGAUUGAUGACUCACAGAGUAUUAUCUUCAUCAAUCUGGACAGCCACCGCAAUGUGAUGAUGAGGUUAAAUCUGCAGUUGACUAUGGGAACCUUCUCUCUUUCACUCUUUGGAUUAAUGGGAGUUGCUUUCGGAAUGAAUUUGGAAUCUUCUCUUGAAGAGGACCAUCGAGUAUUUUGGCUGGUAACAGGAAUUAUGUUUAUGGGAAGUGGUCUGAUCUGGAGGCGCUUACUGUCAUUCCUUGGGCGUCAACUAGAAGCUCCUUUCCCUUCUAUGAUGACAUCUUUACCCAAAAAGGCCCUACAGGCAGAUAGAAGGAUGGAAGUGAAAAACAGCUUCAGGCCAGAUGGACUUGGAUCAAGCAGGAAUGUCCUAACGGAUCGUUAACAUGAACAGGGUGAAUAAAAAGAAUGAUCAUUUUA